AUAUAUAUAUUCGAACCUACGGAAGGCGAACCGCGCAACGUAUCGCAAGAAUCGUUGGGAAUUGUAGUUUCGGAAGAAAGUACGGCAGUGACCUGUCUUCCGGGAAACGCUAUUGACGGAAAAUAGCGGGCCAGAAGCGGGCGGAUUUUUUUCUUUUUAUAGGGUGGAUGGGGAGUGAUGCGACGGCGGCUCACUUCUGAUCUUGACUGAAGGAGGGAAGACCCAAGUGGCGUGGUUGAGGCAAUGGAUGUGACUCAAGCCAAACAAGAACAUCUCUUGGCCUUGAAAGUAAUGAGAUUGACCAAGCCUACAUUAUUCACCAAUAUACCAGUGACUUGUGAAGAAAGAGAUCUGCCAGGAGAUCUAUUUAAUCAAUUAAUGAAAGAUGAUCCUUCUACUGUAAAAGGAGCAGAAACCUUAAUGCUUGGAGAAAUGUUGACAUUGCCUCAGAAUUUUGGAAAUAUAUUCUUAGGAGAAACAUUUUCCAGCUACAUUAGCGUUCAUAAUGACAGUCACCAAGUUGUAAAAGACAUUUUGGUAAAGGCUGACCUACAGACAAGUUCACAGCGCUUAAACCUUUCAGCCUCUAGUGCUGCAGUGGCAGAACUGAAGCAGGACUGUUGCAUUGAUGAUGUAAUCCAUCAUGAAGUAAAGGAAAUAGGGACACACAUUUUGGUAUGUGCCGUAAGCUAUACCACACAGACUGGUGAAAAGAUGUACUUCCGAAAGUUCUUCAAGUUCCAGGUCCUUAAACCACUAGAUGUUAAAACUAAAUUCUACAAUGCUGAGAGUGACCUCAGUUCUGUGACUGAUGAAGUGUUUUUGGAAGCUCAGAUUCAGAAUAUCACAAGCUCUCCAAUGUUUAUGGAGAAGGUAUCCUUAGAACCGUCUAUUAUGUACAAUGUAGCAGAAUUAAAUACAGUCAACCAAGGUAGAGACAGUGUGUCAACAUUUGGUACAAGAACAUACUUACAACCAAUGGACACACGCCAGUAUUUAUAUUGUCUGAAACCCAAGCAGGAAUUUUCAGAAAAAGUUGGUGUUAUUAAAGGUGUAACAGUUAUUGGGAAGCUCGACAUUGUAUGGAAGACAAAUUUGGGUGAAAGGGGAAGGUUGCAAACCAGCCAACUUCAAAGAAUGGCUCCAGGUUACGGUGAUGUGAGGCUUUCGUUGGAGACAAUACCUGACACAGUCAGCCUGGAAGAGCCUUUCAACAUCACUUGUAAAAUAACAAACUGCAGCAGUGAAAGGACCAUGGAUCUGGUUUUGGAAAUGUGCAAUACUAAUUCAAUUCACUGGUGUGGUGUGUCAGGAAGACAGCUGGGCAAACUGCAUCCUACUUCAUCUCUAUAUUUGACACUUACACUGCUAUCAUCAGUACAGGGACUACAAAGUGUCUCUGGCUUAAGAUUAACAGAUACUUUUUUGAAAAGAACAUAUGAAUAUGAUGAUAUCGCUCAAGUCUGUGUGGUUUCUUCAAAAUGAAAUAAAACUAAGAAAAUAUUUUUAAACAUUUCUUAAGAUUUGUGGACCAAUUGUCUGACAACAAUCUAAUAAAUCCAGAGUACGCCAACUGUAUCAAGAGAAAAAAAUGUUCUUCUUUAAUAAUCCUCCUAUAAAUGAACAUGACACUUUUGGAACGUUUAAAAAUAGCUGCUAAGGGUCAACAAUGAUGUAUAUUUUAAUCUAUUUGGAAAUAAAGACUUAGGCAACU